UUUGAACAGUUUUGCAUUUGUUGUACGCACACGAGUAAACGAAACGACAAACCAACCAUGCUUAACAGUUUGACUAUAGUUGGAGGUUGGAAUAGCGAUACCAUCUCUUUGUAUCUAAACACUCAUUUUUCUUGCAAUUUCCUUCUUUACCACCCUUUCCGACAAGGGUUUGAACAGUUUUGCAUUUGUUGUACGCACACGAGUAAACGAAACGACAAACCAACAAUGCCUAACACUUUGACUAUAGUUGGAGGUUGGAAUAGUGGUACUAUCUCGCUGUACCUAAACACUCAUUUUUCUAGCAAUUCCUCCUUUACCAACAGAGGUUUGAACAGUUUUCCAUUUGUUGUACGCAUGCGAGUAAACGAAAGGACAAACCAACAAUGCCUAACACUUUGACUAUAGUUGG